AUGUGUAUUCUCCGUCCGGUGCCACCGGCUCAGAUAUUUCCAGCUCCAGCUCAGCUAAGGAAAUUCGCCGACAAAAUCCCGAACGUCGCCGCCUAUCGAGCGGACAUAUACACUCUAAUGGGAGUCGGCCGCAAGAAAACUGCACAGUUCCCCAAGAAACUCAUGUUUGCAGACCUUCGAAAAAACGAGUCUCCCGAACAGUACAAUAAUAUCCAACCGUGGACACUGACCUCGUCUUCUGAAUCUGAAUCCGAGAAUGACCGACUUCCGAAAUUCCGCCGACCCCAUCUUCUAGCUGUUCUUCCAACGAUUACCAUGCAAAAGGCUAUUCUUGAUUCAAUGAUUCAACACGCGCUUCUUCAUCUCUCUGAAAUCGACGGGGAUACUGUAUUCCGAUACGGAGAGACCAAUUUAAUGACGUUCCUAGCUUCUGGAAUUCUGUCACAAUACAUAUGUAGCACGGACGAUCGUCUCAACUUCCUCUCUCAUCAACAUCGCCGUCAUUCGGCACUUUUUGAUAAGCUUUUCGAGCUGAAAAUGCUUCAGACAAUUCCAUCGGAAGAUUCUGAAUCCUCUGAAUCCCCUUGUGGAUUCAAGGCGACAUCUUUCCAUCCAGAGCUACCAACUAUCAAGAAAACGACUCAUGAAAAGAAGCUAGCAGAUUUGAAUCUGAAAUUGGGGCUACAGUAUCCUGUACAAAUAUUGCCACGGAAAAAAUUGUGUCUGUCCGGGAAAGAAGUGACGUCUGAAAAUGGGUUGGGGCGGAGUCUGGUAGAUUAUGCAUGUUUUUUGACCCAAAUUGGGAGACAACCGAAUGCAAAAGCUGUUGAGCAGGUUGUCAGAUCCCUCUGGCCACAAUCAGCCGAUUCCAUCCCUCCAGACGUCCUCUCCGAUCACAAAAUCGGUCAAAUCCCGGUGGAUCAUCUCGAAUCGAUAUUCCAAUACGUCCAUAAAGAGCUCCAAUCCACUCAAAUUGCUCAAGCCUAUUGUAAUGAACUCAAAAUUAAAAGAAUGGAAGCGUCCCACCAGAUCGCCCUCGAGAGUGAGAUUGCUGCACUCACAAACCAUCUCAUCGAAAAGACGGCAGUGAUUGAGGAAUUGGAGAAAACUCAAGGAAAUCUUCUAUUGAAACUGGAGGAUUCCGAGCAGACAGUCAGGAAUCUUCUGGAAAUUCGAGACGAGACACAAAAGAAAUAUGACAAGGAAACGACGGAGUUGAAGGAGACUAUCCGGAUUCAAAAGAAGGAAAACGAGGAGUUACAGAGGAAAUAUAAGGAAACGGAAGGAUGUUCGUCAUUUCAAACGCUUCAAAUAUUAUCGCUUGAAAAGCAGCUGUGGAGUGCCACCUCUGAAUACAUCAAAUUGGAAAAGGAACUCUUCAAAAAGUUGGGUCCAGAAGUAAAACCAAAGAAAAAGGAGCAGAAAGAUCAAAGCACCGAAUACUUCGUCCCUCUGACUGAUGCGUCUUCUUCGGAUAAAUUCGCUGAAUUCUACAAGACUCUAAUCUGUGAUCAACCUGACGAUAAAAAAGAAAAAGGACAACUGGAAGAAAUGAAAGAACGAUUGGUUGAGGUACAAUUGAAACAUGAGAGAGUUGUGUAUGCAAUGGAUGCACGGAUUCGAUUGCUGAUUGAGGAGAACGAGAAGAAUCAGGCCAUCUGGGAUAACAAGAUGGAAGAGUAUGAGGAAACUAUAGAUGUACAUGACAUGCUAUUGAAAGAAUGCUUUAAUAGAAUGCUUUGA